AUGGCACCUGAGUAUGCAAUUCAAGGAAUUGUAACAAGCAAAGUUGAGAUUUACAAUUUUGGGGUGGUUAUGCUCGAAAUUGUUAGUGGGAAGAAAAAUGCAGGAUACAACUUCAACCAUGAGAGUGAGUAUCUCUUGGACAUGGUAAGCAAAACUGACAGGACCCUCAUGGACUUGGUGGAUAAAAAUUUGUCUGGCAUUUAUGAUGCAAAACAAGCCAUCACCAUCUUAACCUUGGCCGUGAUGUGCACGAAUAUAUCUCCUACUCUAAGGCCAAGAAUGGCAGACAUUGUGAGUAUUCUUGUUGGUGAGAAAACCUUUGAGCAGAUUAAUCCGCCUACUGUGGAAGAUCAUCCGUGA